AGUAGGCCUCGCACGUUCUGUUCGCUGUACCAGCGGUUCAUUGGUAGAAGAAGAAGAAGAAGAAGGCGUUGGCUGUACUGUUUGCCGUCUAUUCCACAGCAGCUAUGAAGAAACGGACAAAACGGCGCAGCAGCUCAUCAAUUCAGGCCCUGAAGAAACAACCUGCUGCUCCAGAGGCAACAGAACUGCCUACAGACACCGUAAUUAACUCUAUCGGCACUUUACGUCCCAAGAACAUUGCUGCCACCGCAGUUCCUGCUGCCACGGUCCCUGACACCGCGGUACCUACCACCACCAUCGCUACUACGACGUUCCCUAAUACCACAGUUCCUACCGCCACCGUCCCUACUGCCACUCUUCUUGCAAAGGUCCAGGCUCCCAACACCUCUGGAGCGAGCGGGAAGGUAGUUCAGGAGGAACUUUUGGCUCCGGUAGUGACACCGGCAGAAGGCGUGGACGCGGGCGCUAUACCAGUAGUCCCGCAACCGGGCUCUCGCCUUCCACAGCUACGUGGUUGCUACGGCGCCUCCACUGUGGCCUGCAUCUGUGCCGGAGCUAUAUUGGCAUAUGUGAUUCGCAGUAGGAAGAUCGAAGUCGCAUCGCAAACCGUCGUCUACAUCCGUUUCCCAGGUGACAUGUUCGUACAGGUUAUGACGAUGACGGCGCCACUGAUGCAAGUCUGCGUGACGGUGCUGUCUGUGGCUCAGAUGGGAUCCAGACUGUUCUGGCGCGUGGUGGCAUACGCCGCCAUGUACGCCCUAUUAACGUGCCUCGCUGCUCAGACGGUGGCCGUCCUCAUCGUAUCUACGGUGACCUCGGGGCACGAGAUCUUCAACAUCGUGGGACCCAUUCCUCCAUCCAACGACACGCGGGGAUCAACCUUCGUCAACGUCGUAGAAGAAUUCAUCCGGGCAAUGGUCCCUGGAGGCAUCGUCGACGCUUUCGUGUUCAAGCGGCAAUCGCUACCGACAGACGACGAUUUCGAGGACUUCACACAAGACUCAAGAACACUCCAAGACGUGCUGUCGCAGCAGACUAACUUCGGUACGAACGGUUUUGGCCUCAUGACCAUGUCCAUGUUCCUGGGCCUAGCGCUGAGCAACAGCGAUGACGCAGACAGCAUCGUCCUUGACUGCAUUGGCGGCGUUGUCGAGGUCCUGUUCAGAUUUACGCAAAUACUCGCUUGGAUUUGCCCUCCAGGAAUAGGCUUCCUGGUCAUGAACUGGUUGCUUAGUCUGCCAGAUAUAGCUGAUACGACACAAGCCCUCGGCAGCUUCCUUACAACAGUUCUGUUGUCCUGCUUCCUACAAGGGGUUCUCGUGCAGACAGUCCUGUACAUUAUAUUUGUCAAGGGGAAGCACAAGAACUUCGCAUUUCAAAUAGCAUAUCCUGUCAUCAUGGCUGGGGGCGGCCUGUCAAGCAUGGCUAUCAUGCCCACAUCGAUAAUGUCUCUAGAGUCAGGGUUCAACAAGCAGCUGGUGCGAGUCAUCGUACCCAUGUUGGCCGUGGUGCGCAAGGAUGCCACCUGCAUAGCAAUGAUGUGCAUGAUCCUUUGUGUUGCCCGCUCUCAACAGGUCGACAUCGACGCCAAGAUGUGGAUGUGUAUCGUAUUGGUAGUGAGUGUGUCAUCAUUCAUGGUGAUUGAUGUGCACAAGGAUGCACCGGUCCAUUUGAACCCGAUUAUGCUCUCAGCCAUUGGUCUUGCAGACGCUCCGCUACCGUUCGUGCAAGCUUUGAAACUUGUGGCCCCCGUCGUCAACAUGCUCAACAUUCUUGGUGACGUCGUUGCUGUGGCCUUGGUUCAGUCAAUCCUCGUGCAUGCUCUCGAGCCCUUAUCCGCACCAAAACAGACGACAACGUCCGUGGACGCUGCCUACAUUUAUCGGACGCGUCUCAAGCAGCCUUAACUGCGUGGCGUCAUCCGACCAGAAAGAUAUUGCGCCAUUUUCCUGCCACUUCCUGUAGCGCUUACUAUUGAUUUGUUAUACUGCAAGGUAAAAAUGGCUGUUGCGAUUUCUUCAGUUAAAAUAAAUCCUUGGAGCAAUUCAAUCCUGGUGCCCGGGUACAGUUA